AUGGCGCAGAGGCGCCCUUCUGGGAAAUCCGGCAGCUGGGUGCGGACGGUCGUCGUUGUUGUGAUGGCAACACGGUGGUCAGAUCCUGAGAAGGUCACGGUGAGGAGUGCAAUGCACGACUCCGUUGUUGACAGCGCCGGAGGUACGCGCCAUGUUGGCUUGAAGUCUGCACAAGCUGCUUGGCAGACUCGGUUGGAGUCUGGAGGCACUGGGUGCUCUUCUUGCUGUAAGCAUGUGUUGUGUAUUCCAGUGAGACAUCGGCAGUGGUGCCGUCGUUGGUUUCUACUUCGAUGGGUGUCAUCGACUACAGUGUCGCCCCUUUGCUUGUACAACGAGCUGUGCGACUUGUUGGGGCCAAGAACCUGGUUUCGGGUGUGUGCCCGAGAGUCUGGACGCGGUAUUUUUGACGUCUUGUUGAGACUGGAUGAUGAUGCGUGUCUCCUUGGUGGAGGAGCAUCCUUGCUUACACCUGUCCCACAUUCUUCCCGGUUUGAAGCGGGUUUGAGUUGGGCGUGGCAAUUGCCGUGCUGUUGGCAAGCGGCGGAGUCCGAAUCUGCUGCGUGGCUGUGCGUUCUCAGGUACGCUGAGGAUAUUAUACCUUUGGGGAGUGUUGAUCUAUGUGAUACUUUGCGGAAUGAGCUUGCCGGGGUGCGUAAGCUAGUUGAGGCACAACAGGUGGUGUUGCCGCGGAGCGCUGGUCGUUCCUCCUCGGUGGGGCCUACCCAGCCUUCCUAA